ACUUGAAACGAAAUAGCGGACGCGUCUCGUGUGCAUGCAUUGAGAUAUUUCUGAGGUGGAGACAGUGCAUGGAAACAAAACUGCUUUUUGAAACUCUUCCUUUUCUCAUUUAUUACUUUUUUGCUAGACAUUUAACUCCUUUUUUUCCUUUUGUAUAGGCCUAUCACCAUAUCUUCUGUGCAGUUGACGGUAUGAUGUCAGUACAUAGUUUCCGUGGCACCAGAAUGAGCGGAACUUCUGCGUUCAUCUACAUGCUCCUUAGUGUUUAUUUUGCAGGCGACGUUGUUGGGUACAAGCCCGUCAUUAUAGUCCACGGGCUAUUCGACGGCUCCCGUGAGCUGGCACACUUGACCCGCUUUAUCAGCAAGUCACAUCCAGGUACAAAUGUGACAGUGAUUGACUUGUUUGACUACGAAGCCAGCCUAAUGCCAAUGUGGAAGCAAGUGCAGGGCUUCAAACAAGCUGUCCGCUCCAUCCUGCAAAAUGCUGUGGACGGUGUCCACCUCAUCUGCUUUUCCCAAGGUGGAUUGGUGUGUAGAGGAGUUGUCUCCACUCUUCCAGACCACAAUAUUCACUCAUUUAUUUCGCUGUCUUCCCCACAGGGGGGCCAAUAUGGAGACACAGAAUACCUGAAAUAUGCUUUCCCAAAGUUCCUAAAGAGACUGGUUUAUAAAAUCUGCUACCGCUCUGUGGGACAAAAGCUGUCCAUCUGCAACUACUGGAAGGACCCCCACCACAUAGACCAGUAUGUGAAAGGCAAUGAUUAUCUUGCAUUGCUGAACAGUGAGAGGCUUAACCCCAGUGCAGCAGUUUGGAAGAAGAACUUCCUGCGUAUUAAGAAACUGGUGUUGAUCGGAGGACCAGAUGAUGGUGUCAUCACUCCUUGGCAGUCCAGCCAUUUUGGGUUUUAUGAUGAAAAUGAAGAAGUUGUUGAGAUGAAGGACCAGGAUGUGUAUGUGAAGGAUGUUUUUGGGUUGAAGACACUGGAUGCCAGAGGAGACUUGGUUGUGUGUGUGUUUCCCGGAGUGAAGCAUACCAGUUGGCACUCCAAUGAAGCAGUGUACUAUGACUGCAUCGAUAAGUGGCUCACAUAAAGCGUGAUCAUUGUGACAACAAAAUAAAACAUGUUCUGCAUAUAUUACUGCUGAGUGAUCAUGUUUACAUGUGCAUGCAAAUGCAUACACGGAAAACAUGUUUUUUUCAUAAUUACUUUGUUUAUGAUAUAAUAGUUAAUCAUGAUCAAAAUAUAACAAGAUAAUGCACUUGAUUAAAUAAAAACUGUCCUUAACUUAUAGCAAUUUAAAGGAAAGUUCUAGUACACAGACUAUAGUCACAUUAUUUUUUUUUCCUAUACAGUUUAAUUUCACAUUUGUUCAUUCGAAAAAGUGACCCUACUGCAGUUUCUGAUGUUUGUUAUUAAGGUUACAGAUUGUGGUAAAUUACAGGAGUGCAAAUGGAAUGAAAGGGGAGAUUAAAUGCUGCAACGCAAUAUAUGUGUACUGUAUUUAGUUCUCCUGUACUGUAAUGGCGGGCU